CGCCCACCUUCGCUCCCAUCCUUCUCCCAGAUCAUUCCACGACUCCCAAAGGAUUAGCUGGGCUCUCAAAUAACAACAAAAUAUUCCCUCGCAGCGCCUUCAGAGAAAGCGGAGAAAAAUAUUCCCAGCCGCACCAACAUAUUUAUUCGUAUGCCGAGUGUGAGGGUUCCCUUACUCGUCUCAUUCCCCUUCUUUGCUUUCUGUUGAUGAAGCGGCGAACAUGUCGAUUUCCGAGGCUUCGUCUUCCUCCUCUUCCUCUUUGUCCACUCACCGCUGGUCGUCCUCCGACAUCGACCUGGGCUUCGGCGAGCGAGCAUUCUCUGCUGCUGGAGCUGCCGUCCUCUCCGCGAUCCUCGUGAAUCCUCUUGAUGUCGCUAAGACAAGAUUGCAGGCACAAGCAGCUGGAUUGCCAUAUGACCUUUCACAACAACAUGCUAUUAGGUGUUACCCAUCAUGCAACCCAGGGGGAAUCCAUGGUUCAGGAUCAGUUUGUCCUCCCGAUUGUUUUCAUUACAGGGGAACACUGGAUGUAUUCUACAAGGUCGUCAGACAGUUCUUGUAUGUUUCACAUCAAUCAAUUGGGAAACUUUUACAGGAAGGAUUUGCUAGAUUGUGGAGAGGUACAAAUGCAAGCCUAGCUUUGGCUGUGCCAACCGUGGGGAUAUAUUUGCCAUGUUAUGAUAUAUUGCGCAACUGGAUUGAAGAGUUUACAAUCCACAGUUGUCCUAACUUAACACCUUAUGCUCCCCUAGUUGCUGGCUCGAUUUCACGCUCGCUAGCAUGCCUAGCUUGUUCUCCCAUUGAGCUGGCAAGGACACGCAUGCAGCAGGCAUUUAAAGAAUCUCGAACUGGAGCAAGGCCACUAGGGAUGUGGAGAACUUUACUUGGCGUCCUUUCACCACACAGAAGUACAAAUUACAUUGAGAACUUGCAAGGUUAUUGUGUGCUUUGGACGGGUGUGGGAGCACAACUUGCCCGUGAUGUUCCUUUUUCUGCUAUUUGCUGGUCAACUCUUGAACCGAUAAGAAGAAGCUUACUUGGCCUAGUUGGCGAGGAAGGGAAUGCAGCUAGUGUUAUAGGGGCCAACUUCUCAGCAGGUUUUGUUGCAGGUAGUUUUGCUGCUGCUGCUACGUGUCCUCUCGAUGUAGCAAAAACACGACGUCAGAUAGAGAAGGAUCCAGCAAAAGUGCUGAAAAUGACCACAAGGCGAACACUAGCUGAGAUUUGGAGGAAGGAAGGGGUGAAGGGGCUUUUUACGGGUGUAGGGCCGCGUGUUGGACGUGCAGGCCCUUCUGUUGGAAUUGUUGUAUCUUUCUAUGAAAUUGUCAAGUAUGCCCUACAUAGAAGGCAUGCAAAUGUGUGAGAAGAAGAGCCGGCUAUCUGUGGAAACUCCACCUUCCCUAACCCAGCAGCCCUGAAGGGGGCUGUUCCUUGAUGAAGACAGAUGCGCUAAAGAUUUUGAAGGAAUGUGGGCUUAGCAAAACAAAUAUCUUGACCGAGGAGGUAUGAGGAGCCUUAAACAGCUUAACCUAUGUUAGUUAAUGCAGUUUUCCCUGCAGAAAGCUGCAAGCUAUUUUUGAGGAGAAAAAACGCACCUCAAUCAAGCUCAGCAUCACUUCGUCAAGAUCACAUCUAAUAGUUUUCUUAAACAAAAAGUGCAUUGAUUUUUUUUUUUAAAUUUCUAUAGGUGGUUUUGUGAAUGUGUUUUUUUUCUUUUCUUUUUUUUUUUCAUAUGUAGUGCUGUUUCUCAUUUCCAUUUUUUCAUGUUCUUCGACUGCAUGAUAUAUAAUGUUGACAGAGGCAUCUAAUCUAAUGGAAUAAAGGUGAAACCCGAUUGCAUCUAUUUCGCACU